GACUGGCAGGGUGUUGCCAACUCUCUUAGGAAACAGGUCUGGAGAAAGCCAGACAUAAUUCCAGGGGAAAAGGAUUCUUCAGUCUACUUCAGUCUGCAGCCCUUUUCAGAACAACAUGGCACAGUGUAAACUGGGAGUAAGCAGCCCUUUAAUGAAGGCAGUUGUGGGGUUUGCACUCGGAGCAGUGGCCGGAUGCAUACUGGGAGCCACAGAGGAUCCAGUGGACAGGACCCUGUCAGUGAUGACUGCAGCUGGUCCACUGAAACCAGUGAUGGAGGAAGUGAAGACAGUGGGUGCUCUCGGGCUGGGGACCCUAAUUGGAGCCACAGCACUGACCAUAGCGAUGACCUCAGUCGUAGCUGGUGUGAUACUGGCAGCAGCAGUAGCUUCAGUGUUCGUGGCCACGAAGAGUUGCAGUGCCUCCCACACAGAUUCUGUCAGUUUGUGGGCAUCAGCAGGACUCGCCGGGGCUUUUGGGACCACUCUUAGUGGAGCCACAUUCGGGAUUGCUAUUGAAUGGAUUGUCAAGAAUUAUGGCAUGAUGGGCCUUCUGUGGGCACUGAGUAUUUUCACUGUGCUCAAACCACCCCUGAACUUUGUAUUUAAGAUCCUCUGGAAGCAGGGUGAGGCCUCUUGCAGUCUGGUAUCCACAGACUGGGCCAGGGAGAGGGAACAGAUUGAGAUUACAGAGUCACAGCAGAGAGAGAGAGUGGCUAUGCAGAUAGAGCAGAGGAUCCUGAUGUUGGAGAAGGGAGUCAGCACCAGCGGGAUGGAGCCCAAUACAUGGGUCACUGAGCGAAGGCAGAGAGAGGAGAUUGAGAGGAAGAAGAUGGAGAAUGAAGAGGCAGAGAUGGAGCAAAGAACAAUUCAAGACUGGAUUAACACCGUGGUGGUCAAACAUGUGGACUUCUUGGCUUUCUCAGGGAUACCAAUGACAGUGGUCGCUAUAGUAACAUCAGGAUUUGGGGUGUUUGGUUACGGAGGCCACCAGUCUGUGUUUAUUGUACUUCUGACUUUGGUUACGUUAAUAGCCUAUUUGCUUCUGAAAUCAUAUGACUUCAAAUUCUGGAUGUUGGUUGGAUGCAUGGGAAUGCUUGCAACCUUUGUCAUUGCCAUGCUCACCCUACACGCCGGGCAGGUGGUUGUAACGACUGCCAUGAAGAUGAGAGCGGCAGGACAGAGUCAGCAGUCCAGGGAAAACAUCAGCGCUGUCAUGGACCACCGAUCCUCUCUGGAAGCUUUGAAUGCAGCUUUCUUUGUGGCAAAACUGUGUGAGCUGGGUUUGGGGGCUACAGUGGGGGGGGCGCUGGUGAGGCGAGCAGCUGGAGAGGUGAAAGUCAUAACAGGGGCAGCUUUAGUGGUGCUGGGUUUACUGGCUGGGGUGGAGGUUUUAUCCCCAGUGCUGGGAGAAGGGGGGAAAGCUGGGGCACUACUGGGGGUGGUGGGAGCAGCGGGGGUGGCUGUGGGUGCAGCUGCAGCUGUGGCUGGAAUGUGGUCCUCAUGGCCAGGAACUUUGGUAACAAUAGCAGGGUUGGUUAUAGGAGCAAUAGGGAUGGGAAAAUGGCACAUUAUCAACAUCGGACUGCAGGUGACUGUGGCCUAUGUCUUCGCUAUGAUCAAUCCAUUUUAACACAACACACAUUAAGAUCCCAUAGUUUGUCAUACAAGUAAUCUGUUUUGGGUGACUCUACUUUAAAGGAUAUGUGUGGUGAUAUUGUGUGUAUUUCUCACAGUCAACAAAUCCCAUGAAAAGGGGCACCAGAGUCAGAGUCACUGUUUGAAGUGACUUAUAUUAAAUGUUGGACAGUCACAGUCUCAGUCAAAAGAAGCAUUUUUUGUUUUGUUUUGUUUUGGUUCCUUACCCUUCAGCAUCAAGUAUCUGCAGAUACUGUUUGAAAUGUGAAAUUUUUUUGGUCCAUACAUAAUACAACUGCACAGUGCAAAAUUGCAAGUAUUUUUCUAUAACAUUAAAGUCCUCUCCGAAAGUG